GACGCGGCAUGCCGGGUAAUGUAGUUACAAUGUGCAGCGGACUGAGUGUAGAAGGGACAAGUGUGUGUGACAAGGACGGCUGCAUGCAGUGACAGAGCUCCGGGCUGCGCCACUGACAGGACGGGCGGCUGCACACAGGGUAUAACCUCAAGAUGGAUCCAGAUAGUGAAAAAGAUGAGAAGCUGGAACCUCCAGGGGAAGAAACACCAUCCCUUUCUGAGCCUCCUGAGGAAGAACCAUCAUCCCCUUCUGAGGAGCCGCCAGCAGCCACAGAGGAAAUCAAAGGGUGGAAGUUUCUGCUUUUCUACCUGUGCUUCUAUGGGUUCAUGACUCAGCUGCGGCCAGGAGAAAGCUUUAUAACUCCAUUCCUUCUCAGUACAGAAAGGAAUUUUACCAAAGAGCAGGUCACCAAUGAGAUAACGCCAGUGCUGAGCUACUCCUACAUGGCAGUGCUGGUACCAGUGUUUCUUCUGACGGAUUACCUGCGUUAUAAACCAGUGCUGAUCCUCCAGUGCCUCAGUCACAUCUGCGUCUGGUUACUGCUCAUCUUUGGAACAGAUGUCAUCGCGCUGCAGUUUAUGGAGUUCUUCUAUGGCAUCACUAUGGCAGCCAGAGUUGCAUAUUCUUCAUACAUUUUCUCACUGGUUUCUCCUACCAAGUAUCAAAGGGCCGCCGGGUACUCCCGCUCUUCUGUACUCAUGGGGGUAUUUUUAAGCUCUGUGUUAGGACAGCUGUUCGUCACCGUGGCCGGUGUCCCCUUUAUGACUCUUAAUUACAUCUCGCUGGGUUUCAUGAUGUUUGGACUGUUCCUCAGUGUCUUUCUGAAACGCCCCAAGAAAAGUCUUUUCUUCAAUAAAAGCAUUUCCACGCAAGAAAAUGGGGUUCACCAGUCCGAACUACAAAAGAUGAAUCCCGAAGCCAAAGGGGGGUGGUUCACGGGGUGGAAGGACUCUGUGUUUCUCCGCAUGCUCCUAGAACUGAAAGGAACAGUACGUCAUCCCAGGCUCCGUAUCUGGUCACUGUGGUGGAUCUUUAAUUCUGCUGGGUAUUACCUUAUGCUGUACUACGUGCAGAUUCUGUGGAAUGAGAUCUACCCUACCACAAACAACCGCAGGGUAUACAAUGGGGGUGUCGAUGCUGCUUCUACACUUCUUGGAGCGAUCACCUCAUUUGCUGCGGGGCACAUUAAGAUCCGCUGGAGUCUGUGGUCAGAGUUGGUUAUUGGGGUGGUCACCGCUUUCCAGGCAGGUCUCCUAAUGCUCAUGAAUACAACUUCAAAUAUCUGGGUGUGCUACGUGGCUUAUAUCCUUUUCCGCAGUUCAUACCAGUUCUUAGUUCCCAUUGCCAUUUUCCAGAUUGCCAGCUCUAUGUCCAAAGAACUGUGUGCAUUGGUGUUUGGAAUCAACACCUUCUUUGCUACGAUAUUGAAAACAGUCAUCACCAUUAUUAUUGCUGACAAGAGAGGCUUGGCUCUUUCUGUGCACCCUCAGUUCUAUGUGUAUUUUGGCUACUUCACAAUUUUGGCAGUCCUGUACCUCGUUGGUGCUGCCUGGGUUAUCAUCAGGUACAAAAAAGAGGAGCCUGUGGAAGGAAAUGAAGCAAGCAAGCCAGAAGCAACCACCGAACAGAAGGUGGCGACAGAGAAAUCUACUAUAGAGUCUCAUGCUUGAAUUCCACCUGUGGUCAAAUCUAGGUGAACAGUAUUCCGAUAUUGGCACAUACUGGGCACCGGCCUGUCCUGUGUGCAGGGCUUCCGCAAUUAGGAGGCGUUCUGUAGGUAUGAUGAGACUUAGCUGUGCUAGUGCCUAGGUGCAGAUUGUAAGUACAUGCUGUGAGAUGUUGCCCUCUUGCACUACAUUGGUGCGAGAGUUGUGUGUGAACAAGGCUGCUCUGAGUCUUGGAAGAAUGAAAUCUUCUGCUGAGUGCGGCUUAGGAGUAAGAAUCUCAGGGAUUUUGCGUUGCCAAAAUACAGAGGUUUUUUGAUCUUGGAUUUCAAGUGAAUUAAGUUCUUCUAUUAGAAACAAUCACUUCAUUGCCUGUCCCACCAUCACUGUGAAUUACUUUUUUAAAUUACUAGAAUUUGACACUAUUAACAUAAGUGAAAAACUAGUGAUACAAGAAGCUCUGUUCUGAUCCUGCUAUAGUUGAUGAUGACUUGGCAUAUAUGUGAACCUCCAAGGACAACAAAUCAGAUAUAGACCUACACCCACUAGAAAUGGUUUGAAGGGAAGUGUUUCUUCUCUAUUAUGUACAGUGUUAGGGGUAAUGGACUCACUCUUUGGGUGUAAAAGUGCACUUACAAUUUUUAUUGCUGUUUGUAUAUAUUAAGAGUUGAUAUGAUGACACUGGUUUUGGUGCAAUGUGCUCCACACGUCAUUUGCAUACCUGCUGUAAUUUUGGACCAAAAUAAACACAAAAAAGAGA